GCUAAGAGUGGAAAUUGGCAGCGCGAGCUGAUGCUCCUCGCAAGCUCGCAGCGAGAGCAUUUUGCGAUGAGUGGAAAAGGGCCUUAAGGCAAUCAUUUUUUGAGUAAUGGUAAAUGUGAUAUAGUUUUAUAUUUAAUCUGUCCUUUCAUCUUUGCUGCCCUGGCAUACUUCUCUAGCGUGGAAAUUUUCCAACGCUUUUAGGAUGAAUAAAUAUCCAAUCAUUGGGAAACGUGAACGUUUUAAAAUCAAGGAAAAGCGAACUACUAAAAACAAUGAAGAUGUUGAGAAAUAUGUGACUGUUCUUGGCGACUGGCGUUCCCAAUUGCGUACCCUAGACAGACAUGAAAAUGCUGGCAGAACUGACCGCCACUUAAUUCGCUCAUUUUGUGUUCUUCAUCAGUGUCUUGUAUUUUGUUGUAUCUUGUUGGACAAGGUAAAGACAUUAUUGUCUGAUAAAGGCAAACUCACUUAUGAAAAGAUAAAUCAACUGAAUGAUCUAAAAGUAGAUCUCUACAAGUUAACCAAGCUUCUCGAUGAAAUAAAUCUGAUCUACAACAAUUUUUGUGGCUUUAAGCAAGAAAUUACAAUUGAGUAUGUGUAUGAAUUUAAUCUUGAUAAUGCUUUGAGUAGUAUAGAAAGUGCCAUUUCCAAUCUAAACCAUCCUGAGAUAAAUGAUCUCUUUGACUUGGAUAUCACCCCAGAAGAUGUUCUGUGCUCAGUGCUUGGUUUGAAAGAUGAGUUUGCUUGCAGGCUUCUCGAACUAACUCCUUACAUGAGAAAACACAAAAGUGAAAAGGUACAUUUGCUAAGGUUCUUGAAGAAGUUUAAGGAAGAAGACAGCUUAAAAGAUCUCAGAGAUAGUGAAAAGGUUGCUAAAAUCUUGUGCAAGAUUGGUUUUACAAAGCAUCGAUCUGAAUUUAUUGCUAAGUGGAUAACCAGCAUGCCAGAUCCGAAUCACAAACCAAUUUUAUCCUGGGUGGAAACUUACAUUGAAGAUCAUUUUAAGUAUGAUAUCUUCUUAAAUGAUCAAGUUUCGUAUUUUCCUUUCAAAAAUGAUAAUCAAAAUGAAUGGUUUACUGUGAAUAUCCCAUGUUUAGAUGAAGAGGGAAGACAUAGUCAUCCUAUAAAUAUGAUCAAUGUUGCAUCGCAAGAAGAUGCCCUACACCAUGUUGGAUCAAAAGUUGCUGAAAUAAAUGAAAAUAAUCCUGUGACAGAAGUAUAUUUCCAUUGUACUGAUCACGAAAGUGCUGUGGAUAUUCUGGAAAUUGGAAUUGUGCUGGGUUUUGGUCGAAAGAAAUCAGACUUCUCUGAUGGAGAAGGUUUCUACAUGGUAAAUAAUGCAAAGUUCUCAUUAGAGCAAUAUGGAUUGAGCAGUACACAUCCAGCUAUUAUCAUGUUUGAUGUGAGUCCUCAAAAACUGAGCAAGUUUAAAGGAAUUGAUUUAUCCAGUGCUGAAAAAGAAGAAGAUUGGAAAUUGAUUGUUGAGUAUUUUCGCUCAGGUAGCCAUGGUAUUGGUAAUUUACCUAAGAAUUUGUUCUCACACAUAAGACAAUGUGAUUACAUCAGAGGGCCUGUUUCUAUUAAUGGUUCUAUUGAAAAUAACACAUUAUCUCAAGGUGUUGAACAAAUUUGCAUAAAGAAACGAGAAUUGGACAAGCAAAUAGGGCAUCCAUCAUCAAUUUUAGGAGCCAUUUUUCUUAAAGCUCAUGAACUGAUUCAAAAGGAAAAUGAGCUUGGCAGUAAAUCUCGUCUACCUUUAAUCUUAUAAGUAACUGGUGUUAUACCCAAGAACAGUUGGUAUAACAUAUUUUAUUGUAUACUUAUAUCUAGAACCAACAGUAGAUCAUUGUAGACUAUGAUUAUCUUUUUACUAUUUAUACCUGAACAUCGAGAUAUACUCAAGUUUGGAAACGAACUAUUUACUGCUUGUUGUAGAUUAGAUAAUUUGAUUUGGCUUUUGUAUGAUGUCAUGAUAAAUAUUAAAAAAAUUGGAA